CGUCGCUGCUGUUAGUUGAACUUCACGCGUCGGUAAGAGCGCCAGUAAAAACACAGUCGCUCACGAUCGAAAAUUUUAAAUUUAGCAGUGCGAGGGACAGUGUAAAGUGCGGUGGAAUCCAAUGUAAUUUCCUCCGAAACAAGCAAGAAAACGUGAAGUGUUCAAAGUGAAUAUAAGAUCAAUCGGCCAGCAGCGGAAUAUUAAAGACAAUUGAUAUACGCGUAGCGCGGUCCUUUAAUUACUGAGCCAGAAAUAAGCGAUCGCUAUGCCUGUAGCUGGCAGCGCAGAUUAAUUAUGAUAAAUGAUAUCAUCACUUUGCUUACUUAUCAACAAAGGACCAAUUCACCAUAAGCAGAUGCUGAUACAACCAUACACACAAAGCCAAAUAAUAAUACAAAGAACGCCGCAAACCGAGACCAAAGACUAUGUCGAAAUAUCAGAAACUUGACAGCGCCAUGCCUCCCACCGCCCACGAAGACGACUGCGAGGCGGGUUUUCCGUUGUAUUUUGAUGAUAAUCAGCCGGUGCCGGGCCUCGAGCAGACACCAGCCCAUCGAGUCGCUCGCCUGUCAAACGUUCGUAGGCAAUUUCAUAGCCUCAACAACAACGGCUUGGAUAGCGGAGACAUAGCAACCGGUAUAAUCGGAAUUUCGGAGGAGCAGACGUGGGAGGUGCCUCUGCUAGGUGACAGCGAUGACAGUGCGAGCAAUCAGCACUCGGAGCACGGGCGAAUGGAAUUUAAUAUGGACAUGCAGUGCCGUAGCCGUCAGCCGGGAUUCCGGGCCAACCUUAAGAGCAAAUCCGCACAGGAGGCAAAAUUUAAAAUUCUGCUCGCAGUUUCCCUUUGUUGCAUAUUCAUGGUCAUUGAAUUCCUUGGCGGCUACGUGGCCGGAAGCCUGGCCAUUAUGACUGAUGCCGCCCAUUUAGCAUCUGAUUGCAUUAGCUUCGUCAUCGGCCUUGUCGCUAUUUGGGUGGGAGGGCGUCCGCCGGACGAGCGAAUGUCCUUUGGUUACAAACGCUUCGAGGUCAUUGGCGCAGUGGCCUCAAUCGUGGGGAUCUGGUUCCUGACCACCUUGCUCUUGAUUGUUGCCGUUCAGAGGAUAUACUCCCAGGACUUUGAAUUAGACGUCGAUAUGAUGAUGGUCAUUUCAGGCAUAGGCAUAGCUAUAAAUAUCGUAAUGAUGUUCAUUUUGCAUGGCUCCUGUUUUGUAAGCGGCACAGGACACGGCCACAGUCACGGAAAUGGACACGAGCACAAUAACGGUACCUCCCACACUCAUUCAGACUCGAAUUCACUUACGACGACUCGCAGCUCUCUAAAAAAGGCGGCAUCGAACACGACCGAUAAAGAUCCAAACGUGGAAAAUAUUGUUAUAAUAAAUGGGUCGAAGCCAUUACAGCAGACUGGGUCAGAAACCACGCAAAAUUCUCACGAAGAAAAAAACUUAAACUUGCGAGCAGCCAUGAUACAUGUGAUUGGGGAUCUGGUGCAAAGCAUAGGUGUUUUUCUUGCUGCCGUCCUGAUCAAAUUUUGCCCAAGUGCCAAAUAUGUCGAUCCCUUGUGCACUCUACUCUUCUCAAUUAUCGUAAUAAUGACGACGGUUCAGCUGUUUAGAGAGUCCGUUUCCAUACUCGUGAAUGCAGUUCCACAAAAUCUUAGUUUGCGCACCCUACAUUGCGAGUUGGCUAGUCUCGAGGGGGUUAGAUCUGUGCACCAUCUAAACGUGUGGCAGCAAACGACUCAGCAAAGGGUAAUGAUGGUGCAUCUCAUCACAAACUCUCCAACCGACGACAAUACGGUGCUGCAGGCGGCAUCAGAACUCGUAGCUGGCCCAAGAUACAAGAUAAAUCAUGCAACUAUUCAAAUUGAACGAACAACUGCAUAGCCCUAAUUUACAAUCACAAUCACAAUAACCUUAUAACCUAUUAAUGAUCUAAAUUCAGACUUACCAAAGGAAUCGAAGUCAUCUUGUCAUUGCUUAUACAUGAUUUAAGACUGUACUUUUGGCAUUUAUAAAUAUUACAUCCAGUCACCUUAUGCCAAAGAAAAAAAAUUGCUUCAAAAAGUAAUAAAUAUCGGACUUACUAUUAA